AUGGCCGCGGAUGAAGAAACCGACGCCAAGGCGGGGCUUGAGCCUAAGGUGAAAGGCCCAGCCUCGAAGCAUGACAGGAACGUGGUGGCGGGCAACGAGACGCCGGUGCUGCUUCAGGACUUGCCCAGCGCCUUGCCGGACCUAGUCGACGUGGUGGGCUUCCUGGACCCCUAUGGCUACAAGGCGCGCAGCCCCUUGGAGUGGAGCGAGUGGAAGGCAGUGCCAGAGCUCACGCUGGAGGUCUGUGGCCACUCCAAGGUGGAUGGGCACACGGUCUACGACGUGAAGUGUGCACUGGCAGCACCGGGAUGCUGGCACUCGCCGUUCCUCGCGUGGCGCUCCCUGCGGCGGCUGAGCCAUUUGCAGCAGGCUGGACAUGGCCGGACCCGGCUGGUCAGGUGA